UUUGAUGUAAGUCCAGUAAUUCUUUACAUAUACUCUGGUAACAAACCUCGUAAAUACAGUGGGAUAUAUCAGUACAGUAUAUACACUUGUGGUCUCGCAAGCAGAAAACCCCAAACAAACGACUGACCGUAAAAUGCAACAGCGAUCACGUGGAAGCCGCUUCUUCAUCCACGCUUUGAUUUUGAGUUUAGUGAGUGGUUUGGUCUUUGCACAGACCUGCGACUUUCCUGUGUGGACAAACGGAUGUAGUGUUCCCCUGAAUCUCCCGUUUUUCUACAAAGACAAGUUUACCACGGCGUGUAACCACCACGAUAUGUGCUAUCACUGCGGCUUCACUUUCGGAAUUAAACGUGAGACCUGUGACCAGAUUUUUCUUCAGAACAUGCGUCAACAAUGCAGUAUAAAGCACCUCUUUUCUUGCAAGUAUACCAGUGCAUUAUACUAUAAAGUGGUGCGGAAAUUGGCAUCGUCUCAUUACAAUCAAAGAUUCAUUCCUGAGUGCACAAUCCCUUCUGUUUUACCAUGCUUGACAUAAGCAAGAAGGAUCUAAAUGCGGCAAUUUGUCCUUAAUCAAAUCGUCCUCCAACCUUGUGUUAACUGUAUCUUUUGUUGCUGUUUAAUUUUAGUAAGCUUGAAAUACACAAAGAAGAUGAGAAUGUCACAAAUCGUACUUAAUCAAUUCGUUUUCCAACUUUAUAUUAUGUAAAUUAUGUUAUAUUUAGUUUUUGCUGUUGUUGUUGUCCUUUUGUGUUGUAUUUGCAUAGAAAACGUUGUUGUGUUGUAGCAAUACGAGCAUUAUAAGCAAAAACAAAAAAAACAAAA